UGUUUAUCACAAAAAAAAUGCAACGACUUUACGAAACAGAUGAGUAGCCAUUUUAGUUGACUCGAAGCGAAGAAUCAUAUAAAUAGUGUGACCAAGAUCAAAAACUUUACAAACAAAUAACAAAUCGCAGCAAUAAUGUAUAAGGUAUCAAUUGUUCUACUCCUCUUGGCUGCCGCUGUAAGCGCUGUACAUAUUCAACAACGUUAUCAUGGCCAAGACAUCUACGCUGAACCCGAUUGCUCCAUUGUAGAAGAUCACGCGCAAAUGUUCCGUGACAUCUCCGAUCCUACACACUACUGGGUCUGCCCAGAGGGUCAGGAGAAGGCCGAUUACAUUCAAUGUCCCGACAAUUACGCAUUCAUGGAGAAGGAACAGAAAUGCGUUGUAUGGGAGAAAUGGCAAUGGGUUGAACCAUACACUAAAUAAAUUUCAUGAUUAAAUGUUUACAUUUCAUUUGUUGGCCAGUUUAAAUAAAUUUCUUUGAAACUUAAA